UGUGAAUUGAAAUUAUCUUUAAAGUUAUCUUUGAAGAAAAGUUAAUACAUGAUUUACUUGUCCUCCAUUAGAUUUUAACUCAGUCCAACUCAAUCACACUAAAGAGUUGAUGUUUUGAUUUGUUUUAAUACAUGUGGUUAUUAUCGUGUUAUUUGUGGUAAUUAAGAUUACUGAUUACAUGACAGAAGACCAAGAAUAUAUAUAUAUAUAUAUAUAAAUAUAUAGCAUUAAUAAAAAAGAGAGGAAAUAUAUAGAGGUAAAAUUUUCUGAUGCAACUCCAGCCUUGAAAAGGACUACAUUUACGAUUUGUCUGACGCUAUCAUGACAAAUAAAAAGUAAGAGAAAAUAUCAAAAGAUAUAAUAGUCUGGAGAAAGAGUCGUUGCCUAGCAUGUUAGAAUAUUUUAAUUGAAAAUAUAUAUUAAUAGUUUAUUUCGUGUUUUAUUUAUUUUGUUUCUCUUAUUGUUGAUUUAGGAUGAGGUCAUCCUGCUUCGAUACAGGUCACUAUUUUGGUUGGAUGAGCCUCAACUCAUGGCAAGGGAGAUAGAAAUGGAAAUUGCCAUGUCUAAAACCACGUAUUUUCAUGUGAUGGAGUUUUACUAGUUUCAGAAGGUGAUGAUUUUUACUUGGUGAACCCAUCUACCCAAAGAUGGAAGAUAGUGCCUCCGUGCAAAUACGUGGUUCGAGAUAUGCCUCGCAUCUUAUACAAGAAAAUUUGGGGAAUUGGUUUUGAUGGAACUACUUUUAAAGUUGUGCAUAUUUCCUUUGGAAACACUAAUCAGAUGAGUCAAGUUAGCGUCUUCACCCCAACCAAAAACAGAUGGCAUUUGGUUCGUCCCUCCCCGCAUGAUUAUUCUUUCAGUUCAGGGCAUGGGGUCUAUUUCAAGCAAUCAAUUUAUUGGAUUGCAAAAGAUGGUGAAGAGGAAAUUCUCUCUGUUUUCCAUCUUCCUACUGAGACUUUCACCAGAGUUCAGACACCCUGUCAUGAGACACGAGGAGCAGGACGAGUUGAUAUCUGUCUCCUGAAAGGUAGACCAGCUAUUUUUAUGUACGUGGAUUCGAUGCUCAAAAUUCACUUGUUACUAGAUGAAAACGAUGAUCGUGCAUCAUGGAGUAAUUUUGAAAUAAAAAUCCCCAAAGAUUCCUUUCCGAUCAAAUUUCUGAAGAAUGACAUUCUCCUGCUGAAAAAUGAGAAGCUAAUAUUGUAUAACUUGGAAUCGAAAGGAUUUGAACCUUAUGAUGUUGCUAAUAUGCCAAACAUUCGCCAAGCAACCAGCUUAUGGAAAAGGGAAUCGAACCCUCAAGCAACACUGCUAUUUGAGGGAGUUUCUGCUGGAAGUGAAGGUUGAAUACUGUGAUGUUCUAAUCUGAAGUCCAUAGCCAUCAACCAACAUUGCUAUUUGAGGGAGUUGCUACUGUAAUGAAGGUUGAAUACUUUGAUGCAUGAUCUAAUCUGAAGUCCAUAGCCAUGAUGCGUUUUGCUUUUUGCAGUUUCUUAUGAGUUAGAUAUUACCAUGAACAAGUAGAUAUAAGAGGAAAUUACCAACUCUUGCUUUGUUUUGAUUUUGUCUUGCAACAUUACUAGUGAACCUAAUCUGUAGCUUUAAUAAUAACAUUUUGUUAUAUUCUAUAUGAGUUAGGUAGCCUAGUGUCAGGGAAGGUCAAACAUGGAGCUGUGAUUUGCCAUGGUCCAUGGCCAUGAUUUAAGUCAUGUGAUUGCAAUUGCACUUGUUGAUAUGUAUGCGAAUUGUGGGUGUAUUGGAUCUUCUCAU